GCCGAUUCUCUAUUUCCCACACUUUCCUUCUCUCUCUCUCUCUGUGUGUCUUUCUUGGAUUCUGUAACAAACGCACAGAGCAGAGAACAGCCCAGCCAACCAGAAAAUAGAAAGAAAUUAACACCAAACAGAAAGAGUUGGUUGCACGAUCUUCGAAGCAAUCCCACGUACAUAUUUCUUUUAUGCUUUUUUUUGUUAAUUACGAAAAAAGGAUCUUACACGCGAGCACGCAGCAUUCGUUCAUUCAUAUAUUUCGGUUUGCUUUUUCUUCGCUUUCUGGUUAAGCAGCCUUUAUCUGAGGGGAACCCAAAUAGGAGGAUAAAAGAGAGGUGUGUGUCUCUACGCUUUUUCAGGGCCAUUGCUGAGCCUCCUAAUUCCCCGUAUAAAGCCAAUUUGUUCUCUCAGAAUUUUAGGUGGGUUUUGGUUCUUUUCCCCCUUUACACACGUGGGUCUGCUGAAAAUUGAGGUUUCGAUGGUGGACUCGGGUGUAGAGAAAGCUUUGGCUGAGUCUGGUUUCUGCUCCAUUGGUUUGUUGUUAUGGGUUGAAGAUCUUGUGGAGAUAUUUCUUGCCUGAAGUUUUCUAUACUACAAAAUUUUAGAGACAAUCUUGGUUUUUCUCUUCUGAGUUUUGUUCUGUAUAUAUCUCUUUCCUAUCUGAUGGCUGAGGAAGGUGUCAAUUUACCUUUGACCCCUGAAAUAACUAAGUCAGAUGGCAAUAAUUUGAGAAGAAAUUCUACGGGAAAAGCAAGUUCUUCAAAUGGUGGAGAAACUGUUCUUCCUCAUUACCUCAGGGCUUCUACUGGUUCCUGUCAUGAUUUUUGUAAAUAUGGGAGGAAACAUGCAUUAGAAGCAAAGGCAAGAAGCCACAUACUGAAGAGAGUUGUAAAAAAAACCCCUGACACGGAAUAUCUACUAGUCAGUGUAGAUCUGCCAGGGAGGAAGAAGACGCCAGUGGUCAAGCUCAAACCGUCAUCUGACUCCAAAUCCCAUGAGUCUGAUAUCCCUCAGACCAUUAAGCAGGAAGUGCCAACACAAUUACCUGUCAGCAAAAAUCCGACAGAAAGUAAAGUUCUGGCGGAGAGGAGAAAGACAUCAGGGGUCAAGUUUAAAUCUUCCCCACAUGCGAAAACCCGCACAUAUGAUCCCCCGAAAACCAUGACGCGGGAAGUGUCAUCUUCUGAAAAAGUGGAAGUUUCUUCGAAAAAAGGUUCAUCAAAAGCUAAAAACUUGAACUUGUCUAUGAAGCCGGAAUCUUUGACAGUGAAGCCAAUAUCUUCUCCUAAAUUUUCAGGAGGUAUAAGUAGCCUAAGAAAAGGUGAUGUCAAAAUUGGGAAGCGGGAAGUGUCAUCAUCUUCUGAAAAAGUGGAAGUUUAUUCGAAAAAAGUUUUAUCAAAAGCUAAAAAUUUAAACUUGUCUAUGAAGCAUGCUACUUCUUUGAAGCCAGAAUCUUUGACAAUGAAGCCAAUAUCUUCUCCUAAAUUUUCAGGAGGUAUAAGUAGCCUGAGAAAAAGUGAUGUCCAAAUUGGCAAGACGACUGGGACAUCCAAAGUAGCUGUAAAGAAGGCCCUGCCUUCCCCAACAGCCUCAUUGUCUUUGGAGUCUUCUGUCAAUCGUGUUGCAGGAUUAAAUGAAAGAAAGCACAGGGAUUUGAAAGCUGUGUCCCCUCUUAUGAAUAAGAACAAGAUCCGAGAAGCUGAACCUAAGCAACUCAACAAUGAUGAGGUUGUGGAGAAAACCUUGUAUGUCAUCAAGAUGGAAACUGAGAACAAAACUUUGGAAUGUGAUCAAAAUGAAGGUUUUGCAAUUGAAUUGUCACCUGCUUUACCCUCAUCUCCGAAGUCUUCAUCCCUCCCAAAUGCUCCUUCUUCUUCAUCCUAUGAAGAAGAAUCUCAAGAGGAGUCUGAAUGUAUGAUGAGUGAAGCAGAAUAUGACUCAUUAUCAGAAAACAAUGUGGAAAACAUAGAAGAAGCAGACUCCUCGGAAGAGGGAUACGAAGGGAGGCCCACAAAGGCUGGGAUGGUUUGUUCUGAAGAUAAAAAUUGCCAACCGUUGAAGUUAAAGUUCAGGAGGGGGAAGGUGGUUGAUGUUCAUUCUGUAAAUAACAGUCCAAGGAGGCUCAAGUUUAGGCGAGGGAAACUGCUAGGCGAGGACCAAAAUGUCAAGGCUGAUACCCGAAGGAGAAGCUUUAAGAGGACAGAAGGAGUUGACGGUGACACGAACGGUUCCGAACCUGGUUCACAAAAAGUUGUUUUGAGACAUCAAGAUGUGCAGGGGAAGAAUGCUCAGGGUUUGUUUAAUAAUGUGAUUGAAGAAACGGCAAGUAAACUCGUUGAAACCCGGAAGAGCAAGGUUAAGGCCUUGGUCGGUGCUUUUGAAACUGUGAUCUCCCUCCAAGACAAAAAACCUUCUGCAAACACUGUAACUUGAGUUAAAAAGGAACCUUUUAUUCAUUGACAAUCCAUUGGUUUCAUAAAAGAGUGAGAGGAAAAUAAAUCUAGAGCUUGUAAUGGAGAAGUGAGUAACAAGCCUAUGGAGCUGCAGCAGUUCAUAGAAGAUUGCUACAGUUAACAUUAGAGGGUCUGGGUGUAGAGUUAAUGUGGAGAGUCUUGUGGUGUACUGACAUGCUUCAUAUACAUUUCUGAAGGGUAUGCUGCUGCUUGCUUUCUUUUUGAAUUUCAUACCUAAUGUGAUCGAUUUGUGCGUUGUGAAUAAAAUCUGUAUAAUCUUGAUGUUAUGUAGUUUGAGUGGGAAAAUAAAAAUCUAUACAACUAUGAGUCAUUUAGUUUUA